AGUAGCAUAAUCAAUCAAAACUAAAUACAAACAUACCCACCCAAAAUUGUAACUUUCUCUAGUACUACUUAAAAUGGCACCUCCCCGCUCAGGCUCAUUAAAAUCCAACUCGUUAAAAUCUAGAUCAAGCUCCCACCGCAGCACCAAUAGAUCCAGCGGAUAUGGGGGCUCAGCAGAUAUUUAUGGCAGUAAAUUUUUGAUAACUCUUAAUUAUGGUGGUCUUGGGUAUAGAAUGUUUGAACAACUUAGUACGGAAUCAGAUAAAGUUUUGCAGGUUGAUGCGGCAAACAAUAUAACAGAAACCAAAGGAUCAAUAAAAAUUAGAAGUACUCGACUGGCUAUCGAAAUGAAAUCAAGGGGUGUCGGAAAGGGAGAUAUAAUAAUAAUUUCCAGUAAAACCCACGCACAUCAAACAAUCGUUUUAAUCGCUGCCUUAUUUAUUGGAGCUAUUAUUUGUCCUAUACCUCCAGAGUUUAGUUUUAAAGAAUGCCUUGAAAUUAUGAAAAAAAUAAAGCCAAAAAUGUGCUUUUGCGAUAGUAGGACUGUAAGUCAAAUAGAACGAAUUUUACAAACUUUAAAGAUGACAUCGGAAGUAGUAAAUUUCGGCAACCAAAUUGCUGGCACUACACAUUUUUCCAAGCUCUUUCCAUUUAGAGAAGAUACCAAUUUUCAGCCCUAUUUUAUUGAAAAUGUUGAAAAAGAAGUUGCAUUUGUUAUGCCCACCCAAGGAACUACAGGUGAACCAAAACUAGUGUGUGUCUCCCACCACAACAUCUUUCUGCAGAUGUUUAAUUUAAUGGAAAUUUUUGAUAAUCCAUCAAAGGUUAUCUCGUUUCUUCCUCUAUCCUGGAUUACUCAAACAAUACUUGCUUGUACAUCAAUAGAAUAUGGAGUAACACGGAUUAUGACUACGUGUUUUAAUGAAAGGGGAGCUUGUAAGAUGAUUCAUGAUUUUGUGAUUGAUCAUGCGGUACUGGGAACUGAGUUGGCACUAAGGCUCAUUGAGAAUGUUGCUGUUAAAGAUUAUAAUCUAGCUUGUUUAAAAUGUAUAUUAGUAGGAGUAGUAAAUACUUCAUUAGAAGAUAUGAUGCUAAUGAGAAAAACCUUACCAAAUGUGAAGUUUUUACAAUCAUACGUUGUAACAGAGGCUGGUAUAAUAUCUGGAGUUCCAGCAUCAGAGUACGAAAUAGCAUUGCAGAAACCUACAUCAGUAGGAAGACUACUAAAAAACAGCAGAAUAAAAAUCUUAGAUACAGAAACUCAUUUACCUCUUGGACCUAAUGAAACUGGAGAACUUUAUUUUUACGGAGACGGAAUUAUGUUGGGAUAUUUUAAAGAUAACACUCGCACAAUGACGUCAUUAGAAAAAGGCUACUUCAAAACAGGCGAUUUGGCUAAGUACGAUGACAUAGGAUGGAUUUAUCUUGAAGGAAGAAUUGAAGAUAUUAUUUACUUUGAUAAGUAUACAAUAAUACCAAAACCUUUAGAAGAAAGUUUCGUAUCCCACCCAUACGUUUAUGAUGCCGUAGUUAUAGGUAACAGCAUGGAACUUAUUGCUUGCAUCGAAAAAAAACCUGAUAAUAGAGUCUUGACCUCAAAUCAUUUAAUGGCUUACUUUGCGAGGAAACAACCCAAUUACCACAGAUUAAUAACUAGCGUAAUUUUCUUUAACGAAUUUCCGAGGACCGAUGCUGGAACUAUCAAGAAAAGAUUAUUAAGAGAGCAACUGCUUAAGGUGAAGCUAGAAUACACAACGAGCUUAGCUAGUAUUACCACUUUUAAUGCAAGCAGUAGUGCCUGGGAAGGGAGUACGUCUUUAAAAUCAGCAGUAUCUAUAAAACAGUCUUUAACUGAAACAAAAGACGAAAUAAAGAAAAAAAAUUAAAAAGGAAAAACCCCACAUGUACACUUUUUUGUGACGAAUAAAUUCUCUUAAUUGAA